AUGAUCAAAGCUAUCUUUUAUAGCAAGUUUGAUACCCAGGAAGGCCCCAAAGUAGUCCAUCAGGUCCCCGAUGGCGCAAUUGUGCCCUCGUCGACGGCAGCAGCAGCCGCACAGCAGACACUCCUCUUCACAUUCUCUGACAUUUCCUUCUUUGUCAUUCCGCGACAGGAGCUAUGCGGAAAUCUGCUGCAAGUAUGCAUCGGUGGGUAUCGGAUUCUAGGUUAUCCGAUCUGCAUGAAGUCUCCGUGCUAUGACCGCAAUGAAUUCAUCUUUAAUUUCUGCCUGGUCGUAGCAGAAGAUGAAGACUUUAGCAAGUACACGAGUAUUGUGCAGAAGCUCGCCGAUUUGAUGCACGGCUUGGAGGAGCAAAGCGGGUUUCUGAGCCGUGACCAUUCAAAGAGUGGUCAGGGUAAGUUGUACAGUUUGUGUGAAACUCUGAUGGAAGACCUCAAUAAUUAUAGCGAGUGCAUGAUCCCGAUAGACGAGCUGAAUACUCUCAACUUCAAGCUCUUUCCCGUCUAUCCUGCUCCUUCGCAUGUGAAAGCAUACGAUGUGCCACUCUUUACUGUGCGAUUCGAGACCUUUAUGGACGAGAAUUGGGAUCUUACGCUACAAAAGAUUAUCCCAUACAUAAACGGAGUAAACAGCGUCCGGAUCAUUUCUAUUCUCGCCGACGUUGAGCUGUCCCUAGCCUACAAAGCAAUUCGGCAUUUACUCUAUUACGGGUGCGUCUUUUUGCUUGACAUCUUUUCCUUCUCGGCUAUCUAUGCACCUACCGCCCAAUUCAGUUCCACCAUCGCCUGUGACGAAGGAAUGCAGCAAGAGUGUGCCCGCUACACCAACAUGCGGUUUGCACCGACACAGUCCAAACUGGCGCCCGCACCACCUGGAACAUCUAGUUCGCGAGCCGACCUAAGUAGUUCUCACGGCGGUGGACUGUGGGCAUUGGACACCGAAGAUAUCUGGCCGCUUGUCGGGGACCCCGAACCCCAAACCAGCAGCAGCAACGACGGCGAGGAUACAGAACCAGCACGACGCAAAUGUCUCGACGGAGUCGGUAUCGUCGAACUAUACGCGAGUCUGAAACAGGGUCAAAGCGUCAAACAGUGGUACGCAGCAAAUGCCCGGCAGCUGGUCAAUGUCGAUGUUCGCCGCUUCAUCACCUUUGGCAUUAUCAAAGGGUUUUUAUAUCGUGUGCACAAGUACGCCUACGGUCCUCGACCUGAAGCAUUCAAGUCGCUCCAUUUCAAAACCCCGACCACGUCACUCAAGGGCGGCAUAGCCCCUUCAACGAUACCUGAUAGCCCAGAUGGCGGUCUUCUGAGCAACGAAAACUCGAUUCAACUCGCCGAUUCUCUGGGUCCGAGUGAGAGCGAGCUGAGCGCUGUGUCGACUUCAUUUCGAAGCACUAAUAAUAACAAUAUCAGCAUGAGCAACAACAGCAACAAUAAUAAUAACAGUACCCCUAUCCGACCCGAAUCCACCGCGGCCACAUCGUACGAGGAAGAUGAAGAAAGCGAGGCAAUCGACAAAUCGCUGGAAAAAUAUCUCGAUGGACAGCACUGUUUCGAUGAGAUUUGUACGGAGUUGGAGAUUGGCGAGCGAGACUUGUCGGCGCGGUUGAAGAAGGUUCCUUGGCCUGUACAUAUUAUAAAUCGAUGA